AUGUUGUUCUUUGCCUUUUGCGUCAUUGCCCGACUGAAUCCUCGCCGCGAGGCCACGAUGGACGAAGAGCUCAGUCGGUUACUCGGCCUGUUGAGCGAUAAGACUGCUCUCACAGGGGAUUACGCACCACAUGAGCCUCUCUCUAAGGUGGCCAUCCCAACGAAGGACGGCAGCGGAUGCGGGGAUACUUCGGGGACCUCCCCCGACACAAUUACUUCGCAGAGUAUUCUGUCUCCGAUGGACGCGCCAAUUCGAACCUCAUGGUACCCAAACUGCCCGGAAGUCGACGAAAUUCCCCACUUCCGUCGAUUCAUCUCGCAAGUUGCCUCGGAACGGGAGUGGGAACAUGCACGACGAGCGCAAUUCGUGAAGUCCAGGGCCGCGUCCCCACCAGAAGAAUCAUCCCCCACGACAUCAACGACAACACCCGACACAUCUACAUUGCACACAAGAACGUCUAACACGUUUCUCCAUCUGGAUGACAUCUCCCCACGAGAAUGGCCGCAUAUUCCUGGGAAAGACGUGUCGUCGUGGGACAAAGUGGUGUCGGACGUCGACAUCGAGUCGGUUCAAUUGUCGUGCGUUUCCAGGUUGCUUCAGCUGACUCCUGGCAUUCUACGGUACGAACCCAUUGACGUGCCACGUUUCCUGCAAGACAUCACAGCCUUCCUUCGCGACCGAGGCAUUUACGAAGGGUCGACGACAAGGACUCCUUGGACGCUGGCAUCGUUUCGAGCCGUCAUGGUGAUGCUCACUCUGGGCAUUCAACUGCAAUCGGCGUGCAUCUUGCAAGACGUGGCCUUUCUGUUGCUGGACUCGCGGGAUCAAGUCGCGUCCGUGUUCCCACUUCCUUCCCAAGAUCAACGGUUGCUUCAAGCUGCCAUGACUCUCCUCAGUCACUUCCCCACCGCCGACACUUGCGCGACUCGUCUCGCCCUGCCCGUCUCCCGGUGCCUCAUCGGGUCGUGGGUGCUGAAUGCCCAAGCGCUGUCGCACCGCGACGCCAUCGCCACCGACGGCCUGUUUCUUUACAUUUUCAACCGCGCCGGGCUCUUCAAAGUGGGAACGGGGGCCGGGGAGACUGUGCGCAACAUGGUGUACCUGCACAAUCGGUCGUACUGCCGCGGUGGCGACGUCGAGCGCUCGUGGUUGUGCGUGGCGGGGCAGUCUCUGUACUGCCGCACCAUCGCCAUGCCUGGCCAUAGUGUCGAUCGCAUUUCACUCGACCUGGAGACAGUCACGCCUCUGUUUCUAGCGGGAGGGGGGGCGAGGGGCUCUACAUCGGAGGGCGUGUCGUCCACGAGCAUUUACGCCAUGAUUUCCGACGGCAAGUCGCUGUACGCUGUCACAUGUCGGGGCAUUCCGACCAGUGGCGACGUCAAACCGCCAGCCCCUCCGACAUUGCAUCGUUCCAAGACCAAGCGGAAAGAGCGCGCGGCUGCGCUCGCCGUCGUGUCCGCGCUAGAAGCGAACCCGAUUCACGUGGGGGACCGGGUCGUGCGAGGACCCGACUGGAAGUGGUCGAAUCAGGACGGAGAGCCGCCAGGGAGUGCCGGGACCGUCGAGCGCAUUUCGACGUGGGGAGGCGUCCAAGGCAGCGGCAUCACCGUGCGAUGGGACAAGAACCAACGCAUGAACACGUAUCGAUGGGGAGCGGAAGGCUGCUUUGACAUUCAAAUCGUCCACGAAGAUGCUAGUGGCCACAUUGUAUCGCACAAGCCGAUUAAAACCGACAGCAGCCGCGCGUCCGCCGCUUUGAGAUCCACCGCGACACUGCACGAGUUUGUCGUGUAUCGAUACGAUCCGUCGACGUUGGAAACGCACUUGGACUUAGCCGAGGAAUGCAUGCGCGAGAUGCUGCAGAUUCCGUCGGCCAAGACGGACGAUGUGGUGGUAGAGCCGGCCGUGGCACAUGGUCUCUGGACGACGUCGUCCUCCCAUCCCCACGCAGUCGCACAAAGCGACUCGACCACACCUUGGCUGUGUGAUGGCCACCAAUUGGGCUGUAUGGGGCCGACUGGAGUGCGCUAUCGAUGUCUCAACGGAUGUGACUUUGAUUUGUGUGCCAACUGUUUGGAAACCACUGCAAAAGACAUAAUGACUCCAGAUGACGGCAACGAGGAGGGCGGGGUGUUGCUGGACCUGUUGCCGUUCGCACAAGAAGACGACGCGUAUUUCAAAACCGAGUCGAAGCCAACGACCGCGACGACAGACGUGGACCCUCAAGCUGCGUUGGUCGAGCUGCAACGAGCGUGGCAGGGUCAAUUCGGAGCAAAGGAGUGUGCGGUGGCGCUGAUGAAGCAUGGCCACAACGUCGGCUUGGCCAACGAGUGGCUCGUGACCUGUGGCGCGUCCGUGCUCAAGCGGCAGUGUGUCAUGCCCGUCCAAGAGCGUAUAGUGCUGGAGCAAAACAACUUGACGUUCUUGGACCCGGUGCUGCUGCUGGCCGCGUCGUUUUACACGACGGGGACGCAGCUGGGCGUUGUCAUCCCCGCGGGCAUCUGCCACGUCGAACCACCCGCAAACCCACGGCACGGCGACGUCUUGAACGUGUUUUCGAUGGUGUCGGGAUCACUUUUGUCGGACGUGGUCCAUCCGUCGGUCACGGUGCCGGGGGGGUCCCCCAUGUGCUACGAUCACGUCCGCGACCGCUUGAUCGGAUACGCUGUCCAUGCGGCCGUCGUGCUGGAGUUUACCAACAUGGAACAUGCGUCGCCGAUUACUAGUACGACAAAGGAGCCAGCGGCAAACGACCCCGGGGCGGCGGUGUUGUACCACUUGGCGCGGAUUGCCGGGUUGCGGCACCGACUGCCUCCGACGUAUUUCCCACGGAAAGUCAUCCAAAUGCACAUUCAAUCGCUGCUUGGCCGAGGCCCGUUCAAGAAGCGGCAACUGAAGAAGCUCCAGGCGCGGUACGACAUGAUGGCCCCCGAUCCCCCGCAAGGGUACGCAUUGCCGUUUUGCCCGGACGUGACUUGUCUUGCGAAUCUGGCCAAGUACAUUGUGCAAGCUGUGACACUGCGAUGGCCCCCCGACGUGGUGAACCAGUGGCUUUACUUGUUGGUGGGAUUUCUCGAAGAAGCCAUGAGUGCCGACAUCCACUGGUUUUUCGGGUCGUCGUUUAACGUUGACCCGUUGGAGGAUGUGCUGGUGCGGGUAGGCCGAGGCGACUGCGGACCCGAGUACGUGGCCGUGACGUCGCGAUUGGCCCAGCGCGCGUUGCUGUGGGGCUUAAUCCAUCAAGUGUUCUUUGCCUCGUCGGCCAAAUUGCAACAGUUGGCGUCGAUGUGCGCGUCGUCGGACCUGUCACAGGACAACGCCGCCUUUAUGCUGUUGAUGCCACUGAGUCACCCUAGUCGUACGUACCCCAACGUGAGUGCCGCCAAGGCCGGGUUCACUGGCAGUCUACUCCGAACAUUUUCCUCGAGCGUGAUCUUCGUCAAGCGGCUCGUGGAUGCGCCCCAAGUUUGGAUGGACGAGGUUUUGGCAUUGACGAAGAAGGAACAGGAGGGGCUGGAGCUAGACCCACACCGACUGUCGCCUGCGAAGCGGCUGCUCUUUUCCACCACGGCGUACUUGCUGCAACACCCUGAGCACCCGCAAAUGUCGUACGUGGUGGAGAAAUGUGUGACAGAGUGCAAGUUGCAGCUACGCGGAGACGACCGGCAGUUCCAAACGUCGAUGGCGGGGGUGAUUUUGCCUCUGAUUGUGUCGGGCUUGGCGAAUCAGCCGACAACGCUGGCGGUGUCGUUGCUGCCGGUGCUAACAGACCUGUUGCUGGCGAUGGAUGCGUUGGUGUCCACUCUGCCGACAUGCCAAGCGGCCGAACGUGCGUACACUGCGACGGAAUUGUCUGCCUUCUUGACGCCGCCGGAAGCGGUGGAAAGUCCGCAUCCGUAUGGGCUCGGUGUCCCCACCUUUCGCAAGCAAGUGCAGGUCCCGAAUGCGACGGCCUUGACGUUCGACUUUGACCGGGCAUCCUGCACGAUCAACGCGAGUGACUUUUUGAUUGUCACCAGCAACCUCCACACAAACCUGGACCGGUUGUCGGUGGAGCGCCCGUUCCAAGGCGACGCGUACCUGUACGGACCGUCUCCGUGGCCGAGCCUGAGCUUGAACGGGGACACGGCCAUGAUGGUGCUAUGUGCGACGACGCAUGCACAAGUGGACUCUUCCGCCCACGAUAAACUGCGAUACGGCGUCAAGGGUCAAGUCCGGGGGUACGUUGGGAUGACCAUGCCGGCGAUAUUACGCGUCCAACAUGGGCUGGCGUAUCUGUGCAGCACCGUCGCCCAAUCGCUUCUGGCCACUGAAUCCACAACCCACAUUUCGCCACAACACAUGGACCUGCUGGCGACUUGGAACUCGGUCCCGGACGACGUCGCAGCCAUGGCGACGAAUCCGGACCAUCCGUUUGUCCAACGCUUGGAAAAGCAGUUUGGUCGGCUGUUUCUGCGGCAGUCGGACGCGUGGCGACAGAGUACCCUGGCGUGCGUCGCGGUGUGUGCGGCGGUGGCUCGGGUGGACAUUCACGCGGUGGUCCUCGACGUGGCGGCGGUGCGGCCCAUCGUCCAACAUGUGACCGACCUGCAGCGGUUUAUGCUCAAGCACGCUCAAAUUGAGAAGGAAUGGGAGGUGUUUGUAACAGAAGGAACGCCCCGCGACGGCGUCAUGGAGCGGCUGGCUGGGAACGAAGAGCUCGUCCAAGGUCUGUGCUCGUACCUGAACAUCACCACCGAUCCUCCAACGCCCGAAAGUAUAUGUGCCACAUUGGACCAAGUUCGCGAAACUGCUGCUGCUUCUGACGGUGUGAACAAGACUUGGCCAAGUACCCUGCAACUAGUACGCGAUCGGGCUCGGUUGUUGCUGAACCGGCGAGGUCGCCCGUCGGCUGAGCAGGCUGUGACACCGCAGCACCUGACUGCAGUGGUCAAUUUCUUGCAAAGUUCAGUCGUGCCGGCUACUAUCGACUCUGCCAUCGCAGUCCACGAACGAAAUGCCAGCCGUCGACUGUCUGGCCUGAAGGUGCUACAUCAAAUGCUGGGGCAGGUGCAAAGCACGAGCACGCGGCAGUUUUUUAUCGGUGCGUUGCUGCACGCGACGACGAAACAGCCCACGAAAACGAUAGCCGACACUUGCGAGCUUUGCAGUCCCGACUUGGCGGUUCAAUUGCACCAUGGGUUGCGCCAGUAUUUCAACUUGACCAGUGCAAUGUGUGCCGCCCCCGAGACAUUGUACAGCCACAAGGUCAUAUUGGCGAUGGAACUGUGUACGUUGGACGCGAGCCCGCCUUAUUUGUCGUUCGAUCGCGCGUUGCUUCCCCACGUUGUCCGCCUGAUUCUCCAAACUCCACCGACGUGGACCGACUCGUUGAGCGUUUUCUUUCCGAAACAACUCGCCCAUGACGCGUUUACUCGCCAUAUGCACCAGUAUGCCGACAUGUUGUGGAUGGUGUUUCGACGUGUCCUGCUAAAGUCGGCGGGGAUUGUGCCAUUGACCACCCGACUCGAGUCGUGCCACGAGCUGUUUGAGGUAGCCACAAGCGCCCACGACAAGGCCAGAAUCCUGCAUCUCGUCCACGACAUCAUCGAGCCAAACUCGAUGGUGUUGCCGCCGAAUUGGGCCGCAACGGUCGCCAACGCCAUCGACUUUAGCCACGCUCCCCCGCUGGUCCUUCGUGCGGCCCGUCGGCUCUUGCACCGGCUGGCUCCCCCCCAAGACCCUGCCCUCGUUCGACGGAUUCUGCACGGCAUUGGCAUGUGUUUGUCGGUGGAACCACCACCAGCACAUCAACCCCACAGCGACGACGACGACGACGAUGGGUUGUUUGGGACAGUCUUGUACUGGGGAUCGAACGCCCCCACCGACAGUUUGAUGAAACUGGUCAACGUGCUGGACACGCAGCUCGAGCCGGAGAUUCCCAUGUGGAACGUCUCGAUCGAUUCCACGAGCCUCGCCAAGCAGCAACUCAUGCUGGACACGUCCAUCGUCCAUCGCUACGUCCAAUGCGACGGCUGCGGCAUCAACCCGUUGGUCGGCCAUCGCUUCAAGUGCCAGUCUUGCUCCAACUACGACCUAUGCACGGCGUGCUACGUUGCCAACGUCCACGAGAUGGACCAUAUGUUUUUGCGGUGUUCCGACGCGUCUGGCGGCGGCGAUCCGCUGCCUCCUCGGUCCAGUGAAUCGCUGACGGGGGCGCAGAUAUGGAAAUCCAGUCUUUUGCAGUCGGAACUACUAGCCAAGGGCUUUGUGGUUUUGCGGCUGUCGUCUAAAGCUGAAUGCAUCGCCAUGGCCGAAACCAUCACGUCAUCUUCGUUGGGUUUGACUUGCUCGGUGGUGGACGUCCAGCACAUUCGUCGACUGCAAGCGCUCGUUCCUGAAAAAGCGGCGGCGAGUCUGCGCAAUACCGUGGCGGCCACAGUCAAUGCGAGCAUGGAGCAUUGUAAGUUGGACACGUACGCUAUCAAGCAAGAACUGGCGUCUGAAUUCGUCGACUUGGUCCGCCAUUGGCUUCUGCCGGCCUCGAGAGCGUUCGAUGUGGUCGUGACGUGUCUAAAGCUCGUGCCUGGGUUUUCCAAGGGAUCAGCCAGACCAUUAUACGACGGCAUGGGCGCCGUGGCCGUGCUGGGGGGGUUAGUCGAACCGCUGCGCGUCGGGGGGGUUGUCUGUUGGAACCAUGCAAAGGCCCAAGUCCGAGCCAUCUUUCCUCAUGUUGUGCACGUUCAAGUGGCAUCCACUGGUCGAGUGGAACUGAACGUGAAAAAGGCCGACGUCGUCCCCGUCUCGGCAACAGACGUGUCUGCCGACUGCGCCAAACAGCUGGUGGAAGUGCUGUAUGUGUUUGACGACAUCCUCCAAGAGAUUGACGUGUGGCUCAAAUGCGAUGAAGUGAGCACGUUCAAAGCCGACAUGUGCUGGCGCGUGCUCAAGGCAGUCCAAGUGCUCGUGCCGCUGUGGCCCAGUGUCUCAGACAACCAAGUGCUGGCCAUGUACGGGUGUAUUCCACAAACGCUCAUGUUGUUGGCUCAAAAAGGGCCUGUGGGGAUGCCGUCCACGUCCAACGAGCUGGCUCGCGCACUUGAAAUGACGUGGAUGUACUUGCGCAAACUGCAUCACUUUGUGGCUGUGAGCCCUGCCACCACGCAAGUUCCCAUCCCGAACCCGUUGAACGACGACGCCAGUCUUGAAGUGCUCGAGGCGGACGACAAGAAUUCAGCACCGACGUACUGGUACAACAUGUACGCCUAUGCGACACUGGCCGACCUGCCACAGCACCCCGGCCGCAACAAGCUGCUUGAUCACUGGGAACGCCACGUCAUCCCCGCGAUUCAAAAGUACGUGCGCGGGUCGUUCAAGUCGUACGAGAUGGACUACUUCUUUGCCCAACUCCGAGAGCCAUUGAGGGAAGGAAAUAACGCCGCCGCGCGACGCAUCGCGCACACGCUGUGCGAUGGCCACGUGCCCCCAGGCUGCCUCUUUCCUGAAAACGACACGGAUUGGUCGGCGCUGCAGUGGGAUGACGUGGCCAUCGGAUCGACGUACUUCAUCGAGUUGGACGUGGCCGCGGCCGUGCCUGCCAUGGCGUGGUGCCACGGACACAUGGGAACGGUUGCCUUGGUUGACCCGUCGUCCAAGCUGGCGCUUAUGCAAGUGGUGCAUCCGGACACGGCCACCCUGCAGCACUGGUGGCUCCCCGUGUCGCAGCUUCAAGCGGGCGACGCAGUCGUUCCGUCCGUGUCAAAGUUCACGGACAAAGUGGUCGGUGGGAUGCGGGAGGCGGCGAGUCGCGCGGUGUUCAAGAUGGCUCGAGCUUGUGUGUUUGCUAUGGUUGCCAAGAGCCCCGACUUUGUAAAAGUCGACAUGGUGCCCCGUUCGAGCGUCGGCUUUGCCUUGUCCGACUUGCUCCUUGUCGCAGGGGACGAUUGGUCUCCGUUGGCCAAGGACAAGGCGCAUCACCCGAUCCAACAAGCGAUUCACUUUCACGAGUCAGCCACCACCACCACAUCAUCAUCAACCCCCCUAACCCACGCCGUACCAAAACUCAAACGGAAAAAACCCAAAGAUUCGGCAGCGUUUGCAGACGACGUCGUGGCCGCGGCUGUUCCAAACCACGUCAAGAAGCGCAUGGCGGCGCAUGUGUCGAUGGCCCUAACCAAAGCGAUGGACCACCACCGGUGCUUUGUCCUCACGAGCCCGAGUCCCCCUGCGCCGCUCGUGCGACUGCACGUGCCGGACGUGAGUUGGCUCGUCCUGACCUUCUUUGUCCACCCCGUGCUCAUGGACUUGCCCGCGGGAAGCAGCAUGGAAAUCUUCUCGGACGUCGAGUGCACGCACUUGAUUCGGGGCUACUACGGAGGCCGCAAAGGCCUGAGCAAGCUGCCGCCGGUGUGGGUCCCCGCAAACACGUGCUACAUCAAGAUGGCCGCGGCCGAGUUUGCACGGUACAAAGUUCGCGUCGACGGGGUUCACGGGGCGUUGGGAGUCGCCACGUGGCUCAACGAAUGGCUGAACGAUCCACAUCAGUGGUGUAUGUUUUUGGAGCUGGGUCGGUGGCCCCCACUGGUGCAGCAGAUCGCGUUUGGCGCGUUGAUUCCGAAGAUGCCUCGGUCGUUUUCGUCGGCGUUGGCGACCAAGCUGGCGGACCAGUGGAAGGUCGUGUAUGCCGAGGAGCGGCCCGUGUUCUCUACGUACGCCCAGCAGUUGGUCGAAAUGAUGGCUGUGGUGCUACCCCCCUCGGACCCCCAUACGGCGACGCCGGCCGACGUCGUCCAGUCCUUUCGACGCAUGACCAAGUUUGCCGAUGCGUUUGCCGACGAGGCCACCAGUGGAAAGAAGGACGGGGGCGUGGUGGGCCGAGUGCCCGUGGACGAAAUCGCCGCUGUGUUUAAGCGCCUUCAUUCGGAGGACGUUUACACCCGUCGACUACUUAUCCUGCAGAAGCUGCCUCGCACGAUGGACAUUGACGGGCUCGUCCAGGCCGUGUCCAAAUGGGUCGUCCGUCUCUCGCUGGAAUGCUGCGGAGAAGCCGACGAUCAAAGCAUGUUUUCCGCGACAGAUGUGACGCGAUUCGGCAUUCUGGCCCGCGUAUUGUACUGUCCGACAGAUGCCACCGGGUACUCCCGCGGGUACUGCGUCGUGGACGUUGGGCGGGACGACAUGAUUGACAAACUCAAAUCGAGUAUUACGCACACGCCGUUUUACUUUGAAGGCGACCACACCGACGACGAUCCGUCCCUGAUGGCCUUUAUCAACCAAACAGCCUCGCAAUCAUCUCGAGACACUCCAGACCUUCAGCCAACCCCCAUGUGGGCGUGUGCGUCGUGUACGUUUGAAAACAGUGCCGACGCCGCCAGUUGCAACUUGUGCGGGACGCCACAUCCAAACACCACCCAAGGGGGACCUCCAUCAGGGGCGGACGCUGGAUGGACGUGCGCGGCUUGCACAUUCUUGAAUGGAUGGACCACGCCGACUUGCUCGGUGUGCGGCACCGAGUGCGACCAAGAACCUCCACUGCCAGCCCCAACGACCCCGCCGCCACCGCCGCCGUCUUCUAUCAUUCUGCAGGAUGGCAAAGCAGCAGCCGCCGAGCCGCCACCGUCGGAUUUGAACCAGCACCAUUUGUCCGUGCUGACCUUCAACGACGCGUACGCUGCGGGAGAUUGUCGCGAUCCGCGUGUGAAUCACAUUUUGGACGCAUUAGUGCCACAGGCAAAAGCGAUCGAGUUGACGGGCGAGUCCGACCUGCCGACGUGCCCGCGGGAGCGGUACAUGGCGCUGCGUUCGAGGGGGUUCGACCUCCAACUGACGCGCAGUAGCUUCACGUCGGUGCAGCACGCCGUGGCGGCGAUGGCCAAAUGGACAUUUGCCAUGGACGUGCACCUGAUCGAGGCCGCGCUUGGCCAAUGCCAUCGCCUUGGGCUGCCAAACUUGACCCAAAUGUCGGUCAGCCACGUGCAGAGUAUCGUCGACUCGAGUCAGCAAGAGUUGAGUGCGUUGUCCUUGCCCGAGAUUCGGCUUCGGUUUUCGAUCCUCCAGGAGUGGAACGUCCUGCUCGCUGACACGUUGAGUCUGGUGGACUUCAACCACGGUGGCGUCGGUGCCAAGCUCAUGCGGCUGCGAAAGUUGAUCUUUCCCGGCGUGAAAAUCCGCUUUUUCAACUUGGUCCAAGACAACACGGCGGCGGGCGACAAGAAGCCGACGGUGACGCUCGAUCGGUUGCAAUGGAAGCGAAACCCGACCGUGUCGCUGUUUGCGUUGGUCCAGCGCCAGCUCAUGGCGGCCAACCCGCUGUCGUUGCGCGCCAAGCGACCCCUCGGCGCGUCCGACCCGUUCAUCGCGUUCGCCGUCGUCUUUACGGGUGAAAACGUCGUGGGUGAAGGCGGGCCGUACCGGCAGCUCUUUAGUGACAUGGCGCACGAGUGUCUACGGUUGAACGUGUUCCAACCCACACCCAACGCCAUUCUCAAGCUGGGUGAGUGCCGUGACAUGGUGCUCCCGCGGCCGUCCGCCACCUCUAGACUCGAGCUGGACCAGUAUGAAUUCGUGGGGCUACUCAUGGGCUGCUGCCUUCGCACGGGGGUACACUUGCCGCUCCGUGUGGCGCCGGUCAUCUGGAAACUGCUCGUCCAUCAACAAGUGGGGAUGGCCGACUUGAAGCAGAUCGACCAGGCGUCGCAUGAUAGUUUAGUGAGCAUCCAAACGGACCCUACGAUGCUCUUGGAGUCGCUGACGUUUACAACGGUGACGAGCGAUGGAACGGUCGUGGAGGUUGCCCCGAACGGACAAUCCAAAGCCGUGACCAAGGUCUAGUUAUACAACACCGUGGACGAUGGGGAUAUAUAUAUGUAUCUCUGAUACAAUUGGUAGGAAAACGUGACAGAGUACGUACGCCUUGUGAUACAAACCCGGUUGAACGAAUGCAAACCACAAGUGGAUGCGAUGCUGCGGGGCGUGGGCAAGAUCGUGCCUGUGACACUGUUGCCGCUUUGUACGUGGAAGGAAUUGCAGCAGUGGAUAUGUGGCAGUCAAGUGAUCGACAUUGACUUGCUCAAGCGCCACACAAAGUACUCGGCAGGCAUGACGGCCGAGUCACAUCCACAUUUGGAGUACUUUUGGCAGGCAUUGCAUGGCUUCUCCGAGUCUGACAAGCGCCGAUUCAUCAACUUUGCAUGGGGCCAAGAGUCGCUGCCUGCCGACGACGCAGAAUUCGACCGGACGCGUACCCGCCUGCUCAUUAAACCGCCUCCCAUCACCGCGACGGGCCAACCCCAAGACGCCCUCCUGCCCAAAGCCGAUACCUGUUUCUUCAACAUUGAACUGCCCGCGUACAGCUCGGUGCAAGUAAUGACGGAGAAGCUCCAUUUGGCGAUUAACUAUUGCAUGAGCAUGGAUGCCGACGAUCCGGCGGGGCGCAUGGACGUGUACUUUGAGGGCGAGUGACGAGUGUGGUCACGAGAUCACAACCAGGUCGGGGUACGUGUCGGCGGUAUGCGCGAGCACUUCUUUCGACACACUAGACCACAAGUAAUUAGGUCAUGGAUUGCUAAUAUUAAGUUAGCCCAGUCAUUGCUAAUUGAAUUAGCCCAUGUAUUGCUAAUAUUUGCACGUACUUGGUGUAUUUCACA